AUGGUAGUUGUCGCCGUUUGGCCCCUACUGGGCUGUCUUCUCUUCAAUACCGUAGCGUCAUCGGUACUCCCACGAGGCCAAGACGACUCGGGUGGACACAAUUGGAUCGACCAUGACAAAGUCGUUGCGCUUACCCAAAAUGCUUCGCCAGGUGUAGAUGGUCAGCUUGAACUCCGGUUUAGCCCCUUCCUGUACGUGGCGGGAGGUUGCGAUCCAUACCCGGCCACAGAUGCCAGCGGAAACCUCGGAGGUGGUUUGAAACCCACGAAUGGCGGCCGAAGUGGCUGUGAUAAAGGGGGAAAUGCUCAAGUUUACGCCCGCCGCGGCUCGAGCCAGGGUCGCACUGGUAUUAUGUACAGCUACUACAUGCCUAAGGUCCGCUGGGCCAAGGGUAAUGAUAACGGCCACCGGCACUACUGGGCCAGCGCUGUCGUCUGGAUUAACCGCUGGGGCUGCGUUGACGACGAUGUCACCGCCGUCUGGCCUGUGGGUAUUUCCUUCACGACCGACCAUCUUACCUGGGGCACGGCGAAUGCGGGCGACUUCUCCUUCAAGUCGACAACUGUAGGCGUGGACAUGCCGACACACCCUAAAAUUCAGAUCCACGACACCGCGAUAGCGCCUUUUACAGGCGCCGACGGCGACAAGGUCUUCGAGCGUACGCUCGUCGGGUGGGACUCGCUCCCGGACGCGGCGGCAAAGGCGCUGCAGGAUGUCAAGUACGAGAAGACGCAGGUUCCCUUCAUCGACGCGAAUUUCCAGGCGCAGAUGGACGCGGCGUAUAGGGAGAGCUUCUAUGGCGCUCUGAAAGACCAGCAAGGCUGUGACGCUGGUCGUGGGGGAUCGCCGACACCGGCGACACAGGACCCAGACGAGACGACACCAACAGAUCCGAAAACGACCAACCCGACUGAGACAGACCCUGCGGAAAAGAAACAUUGA